AUGAAAACAAUCUUCAUUCUCUCCCUGGCUGUCUGUUUUUUCGCUGUUCAAACCGAAUGUAACUCCGGUCCUGCGAUGAAUAGUUUGUUUCUAGAGGCUGCACAAACUUUUGGAAGUCUGAAAAUAUGCGCGACCAAAACCAAUGGAAUGGUGGAGGAAUAUUUCAAAGAAGAUGGUUUGGGUCAGAAGGUGAAUGAAGUUGUGCAUAUUCUUCUUCAACGACUUAAUAAACGUUUUAAAAGGAUUUGCUCAUGA